CCAACGUCCUCCCCUUCUAGCCGGCGGUGGGGUUUUAGUCCGGGGGGAGGCUGACAGGUGGACCGUCCGUGAGCCCCGACUCUAAUCUGGGAAAAAGCAAACGGGGACUUCUGUAGCGUCGCCCUCGGCCGUGGGAACACCAUGGCUCUCUCCGGGAUCCGUCGGGAACCCUUGCUGGUGCUUUUACUGCAAAUCCUGCUGAUCUGCUCCGCUCAGAGGGGCCCGGUCGGUCCCAGAGGCCCCGCGGGGCCCCCCGGAGUCUCGGGCGUGCCCGGAGUGGACGGCAUCGAUGGCGAAAGAGGAGACGACUCCACGGUGAAUGGCGGACCAGGUCCUGACGGCGACAACGGCAGAGACGGAGCUGCCGGCGCCGCAGGCCUUCCAGGCGCAGACGGACUGGUUGGACCUCCUGGGGAUCCGGGCCCAGUGGGCUCCAAGGGACCGAAGGGGGAUGCUGGAGCUCGUGGUCCUGUUGGCGAGCCUGGCGUCGGACCGGACGGCCUCGAUGGUAUUCCUGGUACAGACGGGCUGCCGGGGGAGCUGGGUAAAGUUGGAGGACUUGGGGCGAGGGGCAAGAGAGGUCAAGUUGGUCUUCCUGGUCCCGCUGGGCCGCGGGGACCUCCCGGCGUGUAUCAAGGCGAGGACCUGUGUCCCAACGCCUGCCCCGCUGGUCUGAAUGGACACUCUGGUCUCCCCGGCAUGAAAGGCCACAAAGGGGUGAAGGGAGAGUCCGGAGAGCCUGGACGACAAGGACACAAGGGGGAGGAGGGCGAUCAAGGCCUUUCGGGAGAAGUCGGAGCUCAGGGACUACCAGGCCCAGGUGGAGCGAGAGGCCUCCCGGGAAUAGUGGGCUCCAAAGGGGACCGGGGGCCUCGUGGGGGUCCUGGUGAUGUGGGUCCUCGGGGGAUCCAGGGAGGAGCGGGGGAUCGAGGCCAACGAGGAGUCAUCGGUGAGACCGGGCCGCUGGGAGUCCAGGGGGAUCGAGGUCCACAAGGCAUCAGAGGAGUGCCCGGUCCAAAAGGAGAACCUGGUUUACCGGGUCCAGACGGUCGCGAGGGAAUACCCGGGCUGCCGGCCUCCAAGGGUCUUCCAGGGAAGAACGGCGCUCCAGGUGACGCCGGCCUGCAAGGACUUCCUGGGAUGCCGGGCUCCUACGGCCAAAAGGGACAAGGCGGUUUGAAGGGGGUCACAGGCGACCCAGGGGUCGUGGGGCUGAUGGGGUCUCCGGGGAAACAGGGCGAGCGCGGCGAGCAGGGGGAGGCGGGACCGGUCGGACCCAGAGGAGGAACAGGGGAUCGAGGAGUGCGAGGACCCGACGGGCCUGCGGGAUCACCGGGAGCCAGGGGAAGUAAAGGAGAUCCAGGCCUUCCAGGACUUCCCGGCCCCGCUGGUUAUCGUGGUCAGACAGGAGACAGGGGUGGAGUGGGUCUUGAUGGGCCAAAGGGAGACCAGGGCGGAGCCGGAGCCGAGGGAACGCCGGGAGGCGGCGGAGACCUGGGAGACCAAGGAGAACCAGGAGAGAAAGGAUCGACAGGCCCACCGGGAGAGACGGGAAACAAAGGACCUGAGGGGGGCCGAGGACAGCCAGGGAAAGAGGGCAAGGCGGGCCAACCGGGACCGCGCGGCAUGCAGGGCGACAUGGGGGUACCAGGCCUCCCCGGGACACAGGGACCAGCGGGAAAAUCACCAACAGAUAGUCACAUCAAACAAGUCUGCAUGAGGGUGAUGCAAGAGCAGUUGGCCCAGCUAGCAGCCAGCCUGAGCAGGCCCGAGUCCGGCAUCUCUGGGCUGCCCGGUCCCCCCGGCCUGCCCGGACCUCCGGGCCCCUCCGGAGAGAACGGUUUCCCCGGACACACCGGAUCACGAGGGCUACCCGGGCUGAAGGGUCCGUCCGGUUUAAUGGGUCGCAAGGGACCCAAAGGUGACCAGGGUGACAGAGGCGACAGAGGACCCACGGCGAGAGGACCCAAAGGAGCACCCGGUGCCCCCGGUCUGCCAGGUGAACCGGGCCGACCGGCCUACGGCACAGACGGCCGCGACGGAGAGAGGGGACCCCGCGGCGUUCCCGGUCUCGUCGGCGUUCCCGGGCCUCCCGGUCCCGCCGGCGUGAACGGCUACUGUGAGUCGUCGCAGUGCAUCCUGCCAAUGGUGGCGUCACCGGUUUCGGCAAAGGACUCUGGCAUGAAGGGUCCCAACGAGAUGUGAGGAGGGGGCCGGGAAAACUGAGAGACUGGAGGAGAGACCAGAAACUCCACGGAAGAUUUUGUCCCUUCGGGUUUUUGUCACUUCGUUUGUAUGUUUUUAAUAUUUUUUUUGGUCAGCUCGUUUGAAACUUGAUUCUUAAAUUUUUUUCCUUUACUCUCGACGCCAUCUUUGACAGGAAGUGGAAACUGAACAACACCCGUCAGCUUCUGAAACUCCUUUUUAUGUUAAAAGUUUCAUUUUUACCUCAAUUUUGCCAUCUCUGUACUGUAAAAUCAAAAAGGAGUAGUCCGUGUUUUGGAGAAAUUAAAAAGUCGAAAAAUGUACGAACCCUAACGGCCCCAUUUCUGUCCCAACAACGAGGCAAGACUUUCUGUAUGUUUAUGUAAAUGUGUCAAUACGCAAAUUAUACUGUUGGAUAAGGGUCAUUUGUUUGUGAGUAUCUUUGUUGCCUUUUUCCUCUGAGUGCAGGUGGUUGAUGAUUUCUCUCUCAUGUUGUUUUUGUGAUUGUGGCUGGCGAUGUGUGAAAACCCUCUUUUAUAUGACUUCUUAUUUAUUAUAUCGAGCUUCGACGUGACAUCAAGUUGUACAAAGGGGGGAAAUAAAUACAUUUUGAUAAA